AUGUUUGAAUCUUCCAAACCUUAUUCGGCAGUGACCGUACAGAUCGAGGUCCUCACAAGUGAGCAAUAUGAAGUCGAAGACUCCAGCGGUAUCGUCGAUCUGGUGGAAGUAGUUCGCAUCCAGGCCACCGGUCCAACGGAAGCGAGCCGGGCUUUGCGCAAGAAGCUAAAAUACGGCAAUCUCCACCGACAACUGCGUGCGCUCACUAUCCUCGAUUUCUUGGUUCAGAAUGCCGGAGAACGCUUCUUGCGCGAUUUCGCCGAUGAAGCGCUUCUCGAACGACUCCGUAUCGCAGCUACCGACUCCGUCUCCGAUCCCCUCGUGAAACAGAAAUGCCAACAGAUUUUCGGACAAUGGGCCACAACAUUCAAAGAUACCCCAGGCAUGGCAAGAGUCACAGCGCUCUAUAAGCAAGUUCCAAAGCGGAAGCAACCUGCAACCCAAGCCAAAGCCAAAGUCUUGCGUGAGGGGUCAACCUCCAAUCGGAAUGAGCCUCCAAUGGGUCACGUUGUUUCUGUGUCUGCGGGUUCUGGGCCAUCCACCGUGUUGACCAGCCCGAAAGAGAAAUCCAAGUCGAGAAAAGGCAAGAAAGACAAGAAAUUCGGACUGAGCAGCAGCGAGAAAUUCGACAUGGAGAAAGAGCGCCCACAUAUCUUACAAACACUUGCCAAAUCUUCUGUGGCGAGUACCAACCUGCUGAACGCCCUGAAAUUGGUCAAUCGUGAGACGCACCGAGUGAGCGAGGAUGCGGAAUGCAUUCACCGAUUCGAUACUUGUAAGGACCUUCGUCACCUAAUUCUCCGUUACAUCCAAUGCAUCGAAACCGAGGAGUUCCUGGGGGGUCUCAUUCAUGCAAACGAUGAGCUGGUGGCCGCAUUGAUGGCCUUCGAGGUGCUGGACAAGAGCGUGGACUAUGACAGUGACAGUGAGGAUGAUAUAUUGGAGGGUAAUUGGAAGCAGAGACAUGCAUCUGGACUCCACGACGAGGAUGCGGUGAAUGAUGGCCUUGUUGGGCUUAACAUCAAUCCUCCUCAGCCGCCACGACCCUCUCGUCCUGACAGUCUACCUCUUGCAUCUUCAUCCCAACAUUCUCGUCAAAUAUUUGAGAGUGAGAGUGAGUCAGAGGAGGAGGAGGAUGAUGACAAUCCCUUUGGAGACCGAAAUGCUAUUAAGACGCCUGGUAUUGAGAAAACCGGAUACAGUUGGUAUGUCGUUUUCCUUUCCUCGCCUGGAACAUCAUUAACACAUAUACAGGAAAGAGGUUUGACGCAUGAUAUUGGGAUAUUGGGAUAUGGAAUUCACUGGUCGUACUGUCUUUGCGUCUUUUUGUUACUUUUGGCAUGUCCUUGA